GUAGAAGAACUUAGGCAAGAAAAUGAAGACUUGACUACCGAAAUAGAGAAGUUAAAAAUAGAAAUUAGGCAAAAUAGGUUAACUUCCUCCCAACACCAGGUCCAAAUUGCUAAUUCUAAUCAAGAAAUAAUUAGGCUUAAUAAUCAAUUGGCAACCAGCCAAUUUAAUUGGCAAAAUGAGCAGCAAACUCAUCGGCAAACAAAAAAUGAUUUGAAUAGGGCUCAAAUCGCUAUCCAAAAAUUAGAGGAACAGUUAGAAAAUUUGCCUAAACAAAUUGUUGUUCAGAAAGAACAAAUUGACGAUUUACAAAAAAAAUUGCAACAAAAGCGACGGGAAUUAGAACAAGGUUCAACUUUGCAGCAGAAAAAUCAGGCUACUAUUCAAGCUUUAACCAACCGCUUAAAUAAAGAAAAACAAGAAUUAGCAACCAAAAACCAGAAUUUAAAAACUCAAUUAGUAGAAAAAGAGCAAAAAGGGCUCUCAGAAAUCACGCAAAAUCAACAAUCUAUCCAGCAAUUAACCGAAAAAUUACAAACGACGGAACAAUUACUCAAUGAUAAGACCAAGGAAAAUCAAAAAUCUCAGGAAUUAUCAAGAAGUCAAGCCCGAGAAAUAGAAUUAUUACAGCAAGAAAACCAAGAACUUAAAAUUAAAAGAAAAAAUUAUUGUCAAAGUAUACUGCAAGAAAUGUUGGAAGAACAAUCUAAACUACAAAACAUUUCCAGUAGCAAGGAUAUAAUGUAUUAUUUAGACAAACAACAAAAAUUAAUUGAUAAAUUGACUAGUAAUUUUGGGGCAGAGUUAAAUAAUGAACAAUGGCAAAUGCUUUAUCAGUUGCAAAAGCAAAUGAAUAAAUUACAAACUAGCCUGCUGGAAGUUAAA